GCUCCUCCAGUCAGAUAGGACCACGGCUGCUCAGAGCUCUUCGGCUGCCUUGGCGGUACCUUUGCGAGCCGGGUUGUGUUUCCAGCCGGGGAACUUUGACGCGUCGGACCGUGCCGGGUAGAAAGUGGGGUUGGGGUGGGCCUGGGGGGUGGGCAGGAUUUUUUUUCCCUUCCUUGUUUCCUAACGUACUUUUGGGGGCCGGGAGAAGGGAAAUUGGUGUUUUGUCGACGAGGAAGAAGCUACUGCUUUGUUUUGGUGGGGAAGCUCCGCGAGGAGGCCCGUGACUUCCAGCUGACGAGCCUGAAGCGUCCUCGACUUCUCCGUCCUUCCAGCGGGUGUGAGGGGACCCCUCUGACCUGGAGCUGGUUAGGCCCAGGUGGGAGGCGGAGGAGGGAAGGCCGGGCCCCUGUUCCAGGCGGGGCGGAGCUGGAAGCCUCCCUUGAGCUGCCCUGCUGCCGCCGCGGCAGGGGAAAGGCUCCCCAGUCCCGAGGACGACGGCGCUGGACUACGUGUGCGACAUGUCCCCCACCAUCUCCUACAAAGACAGCAGCCGGCAGCGCCGGCCGGGCUCCUACCAGAACUCGGUGGAUAUGCUGAAGAGGGAGCUCCCUCCCCCGGACUUCUGCGGGGAUGGCCGCGCCGAAGUGGCAGAUGACCGAGAGGCGCUUCUCCAAGAGCCGAGCGUCACGCCUCUGGGGACACCCCGGGGCUACCGAGCGGAGCUGGGCAGCAUCUUACUGCUCCUCUUCCUCUACGUGCUGCAGGGCAUCCCGCUGGGGCUGGCGGGCAGCAUCCCGCUCAUCUUGCAAAGCAAGAACGUCAGCUACACGGACCAGGCUUUCUUCAGCUUCGUCUUCUGGCCUUUCAGCUUGAAGCUGCUGUGGGCCCCCCUGGUGGAUGCCGUGUACUUCAAGAGCUUUGGCCGGCGCAAGUCGUGGCUUGUGCCCACUCAGUACACCUUGGGGCUUUUUAUGAUGUACCUUUCCAGGCAGGUGGACUCUUUGCUUGGGGAGGAGGAUGGCAAAAGCCCAGAUGUGGUGGCUCUUACAGUGACCUUCUUCUUGUUUGAGUUUCUGGCAGCCACUCAGGACAUAGCUGUAGAUGGCUGGGCAUUGACUAUGUUGUCUCGGGAGAAUGUGGGCUAUGCUUCCACUUGUAACUCUGUGGGACAGACAGCUGGCUACUUCUUGGGAAAUGUCUUGUUCUUGGCUCUGGAAUCAGCCUCCUUCUGCAACAAGUAUUUGCGGUUUCAGCCUCAACCCAGAGGAAUUGUAACGCUUUCAGAUUUCCUAUUUUACUGGGGUGCUGUUUUCUUAAUCACUACCACCUUGGUCGCACUCUUGAAAAAAGAAGAUAGGGAAAGACACCCAUCAAAAGAAGAAACAAAAGGCAUCAUGGAUACGUACAAGCUGCUCUUCUCAAUAGUAAAAAUGCCAGCAGUCCUUACAUUUUGUGCCCUGAUUUUAACAGCAAAAAUUGGAUUCUCGGCAGCGGAUGCAGUCACAGGCCUCAAACUGGUAGAAGAAGGAGUACCUAAAGAACACUUGGCUCUUCUUGCUGUUCCAAUGGUUCCACUGCAGAUCAUAUUGCCUCUGAUUAUCAGCAAAUACACAGCAGGUCCACAGCCCCUGAACACAUUUUACAAAGCUAUGCCUUUUAGAUUACUGUUUGGGUUGGAAUUUGCUUUCUUGGUUUGGUGGACUCCCAAAGUAAAAUACGAAGGAGGAUUUCCCAUCUAUUACUAUAUUAUAUUGCUUCUGAGUUAUGCUUUGCAUCAGGUUACGCUGUACAGCAUGUAUGUUGCUAUAAUGGCUUUCAAUGCCAAAGUUAGUGACCCACUCAUAGGCGGAACGUACAUGACGCUACUUAAUACAGUGUCGAAUUUGGGAGGAAACUGGCCGGCAACAGUAGCUCUUUGGCUUGUGGAUCCACUUACAGUGAAGGAGUGUGUCGGAGCUCAAGGACAUAACUGUGGGACUGCAGCUGCGGCAGAACUUUGUACAAAAGAAGGUGGAUCUUGUAUUAUUACCUUGGAUGGUUAUUAUGUGGAAUCCUUAAUAUGCGUGGCUUUGGGAUUUGUUUGGUGGUUGUUUCUCGGUCCCAAAUUCAAAAAGCUGCAGGACGAGAGGGCAUCUUCAUGGAAAUGCAGGAGAACCAAUUCAUAGGAAAACACUGACAAAAGUUGUUAUGGUUUUAUCCCAUAAUGAGUACGCAAAAGAAUAAAUACAUCUAUGUAGGGAAAACAUGGCCAUUUUAUGCCAAAUGACUUUCCAAAAAACCAAGCCAGGAAAGUAGUAUAUGGAUCAGUUUAAAAAGCACACACACCAACAUUUCCUUAAGUUAAAAAUGAAUAAUCAUACUCGAAACAGCACUUUAAAAUUACAGAGCUGUUGUGCUAACUUGCAGCGUCUGCCUUUUGUCUUCUGAUUGAUUUCUUUAACAUUAUCUCUAAAUGAAACUUUUAUGAAACCAUAACAUUUUGAUUUAAAUGUAAACGUUGAAUGUAUAUGGUAAAAUAAGCUGUAGAGAGAACAAUCAAUCUGAUACAUUUUCCACAACCCCUUUUAAUUGCUGACCAUAACUGCUUUAUGGGAGAAAACAAUGAGUAUCAAAAGAUUCUCUCAAAUGUAUUUUCCUGGCUUCUACAAGCUUUAAAGAUUUAUAAGAGGAAUAUUUUUAUAAUAGUGAAAAUUUAGCUUUUUUCUUUUCUUUUAAUGUGCACACUUGACUUCAAGGCACUUGAUUUGCAAAUAGAAGUGGUUUCUUCAGGACAGCAUUUGUAUGAGAGAAGCAGCUGGCUAGGCACUUAGGUUGAUCACACCUGGUAGAGU